AUGUCGGGAUUAGAGCUUCCGGGCUUCGCCUGCAAUAUCAUGCAGGUGAUUAGCUUCAGUCGCGAAGUCGUAUCUCUCUGCAGCAAUGUCUACCAGGGAAAGCACCCAGAUGCCGAGCUUGCUGACCUUGCCGCUUCUCUACAAGCGGUAUCAUCAGACGUUCAGACGAGUUUCGAUACGAUAAAUCCAAAGACCGCCGAUGAGAAACGCCUUUGCGAUAUUGCUACAAGAUGUGCCAUUGCCGCCCGCGAUUUGGAGGAAGAGGUCAGCUUCAUUACCUCUCGUCAAAAACAAGGGAGCCUAGCAUCUACCCUGCGCAUUGCCGCCAAGACCACAUGGAGGAAGCGCCGAUUAGACAGGCUGGAGAAAUCCUUGAAAGAACAUGAGCGCGUUCUCGACACACACUUGACAGUGCGAGUGUGCAAAAAAGCAGAUGCAAUUGCGCUGAGACAAAAGGAAGGAUUCGACAAACUCGGAGCGGACAUUCAACAUUUUGCAUCCCAAUAUGCGCUCGGCCAUCAGAAGCUUCGCGAACUAGUGAGGACAGAUUUGAGCCUCUCACAGAAGGAAUCCGAGAAAGUCAUGAAGGCGCAUGUCACGGAAGAGAUUACGAGAUCCCAAGUUGCAUUGCUCAGUCACAUUGAUUCAAAAGCUGAGGUGACGACCGGAACAAUUACGCAAAAUCUUCAUGAUCUCAACAUUCAAACAAAAGACAACAGCUCAUGCGAGCGAUUAUUACAAAGUCUGAAAUAUCCGGCCAUGGAUGAUCGGCGCAACCACUUGGCUGAGCCCCGUGAGGGUACUUUCAAGUGGGUCUUUAGCCAACACGAGCUUUCAAAUGAUGACAAUUCGAACGGUGUAAAAACCACGCGGGCAGCCUACCGAGACCCGCCUUGGGACAACUUUGGGGACUGGCUCAAAUCUGAUAGCGAUAUGUACUGGAUCAGCGGGAAGCCUGGAUCUGGCAAAAGCACUUUCAUGAAGUUUCUCAUUUCCAAUCCUUUGACAAGAGAGGCGUUACGAGCAUGGCGUCCAGACGUCACAAUUCUCUCCCAUUUCUUUUGGAAGCCUGGAUCAAUGAUUCAAAGAAAUAUCAAAGGACUGUUUGCUUCAUUACUCCACCAGCUCCUUGCCCCCAGACAAGAUAUUCUGCAAGCCGUAUUGGCUGGCUCUAGGGAUUUAGAACAGAAGGAUUCAAACACUGACUGGUCCGUGAAGGAACUUCAAUCCUUUUGCCUGAACACAAUGAGAAGCUACGGAUCCUACAUUUGCAUGUUCAUCGAUGGUCUCGACGAGAUAUGCGAUGAGGAUGGAGUUGGUGCGCUGAUGGAGAUCCUGAACACAAUCAAAUUGAUACCGGAUGUAAAGAUUUGUGUUGCCAGUCGACCAGAGCAACGCUUGAAGCGUUACUUGUCACGGUUCCCUCAGCUGAAGCUUCACGACCUGACUCAUGAGGAUAUACAACAUUAUGCCGACCAAACAUUGCGGCAGUCCUGGAGACUUCGCCAGGACUUAUCUUCUCGAGUUCUAGACGAGGAGAUCUUGCCAGAGCUGCUGCGGAAAGCCAAGGGCGUAUUCCUGUGGGUCAGACUUGCAGUACGAGGCUUGGUCCACGGGAUCGAGAAUGAUGAUAGCGGAUCAGAUCUGGUCUUGCGGCUGCAAGACUUGCCGAUAGAUCUAUCACAAAUGUACAACGACAUGUGGACAAGACUCAACGGAAACACAAACAUUCACCGAGAAUCAACUGCCAAAUUAUUGAACCUCCUGAUUGCAUAUCGAUAUUUGAUUGCAUCUGGAUAUUCUGAAUUGCGUUCGAGCACAGGGAUUCCCGUGAUCGAUAUUAUGGGAGCCUUAGACUUACCCAUGCAAUCAAGGCUAUUCGUUGAUGAGCAGAGACCCACAACAGAGACAAUCAUUCACUCCUGUAACCAAACCCGAGAGCUGAUGGAAGUCAGAUGCAUUGGCCUGGUAGAUAUACACCAAUCGGAUAUACGGUGGCAUCGUAAACGUGUCUCUGCAGCGAGGCUCAGACUACACGCAUCGCUAUCAGUAGAUUUUGUUCACCGUACUGCCUAUGAAUUUCUCACAGAUACUGAGGAAGGUCAUCGCAUCCUGUCUUACGACUCUUCUUCAAGCUGGGAGAGGCAUCUCCAGUUAUUCAAAGGCAAACUUUUAGCAGCUACUAUUGCAAAAGGUACCUCUCUGGGCGAUAUGAUGAGUAUGAUAGCAGAAGUCGGCCAUUCUGUACGUAAGGAGGAAACUCAUGACCUCCUAAAGCUUUGCUGGAAGUUAUAUUCCCGAGGCCUCACGAGCGAUUAUGGCAACCGCCUUGGUCGCCACUUCCUAUCUCUUGCAACACAUCCCUACCUCGAAGACUUUUUGAUAAGCAGUAUCAAUAAGAGCCUGAGACCGUCAGCGCUAGCAACUCAAGUGCUCCAGGAGAUGUUGACCAUGGAAACUUACCAUUGGAGACAAGUUUCCUACUUUGGCUGUUUGACAUCGUUGGGCGCUGUUCCGAGUCUCAAAGGGCGCUUAUUUCAGAGAAUGGCUAACGGCGACGUGGAUAGUUCAUCCAUUGCACGAACUAUAUCAUCGCUACAAAUGAUUCUAGAAAGACGGAUAGAAAAUUACCGGUAUUACGAUGAGAGCUUCCCUGAUAGUUUCACUAACCCAUCUUUGGGAGAGUACAUGCAGGCUUCACAAAACUACUUAACCGAGUCGUCAUGGAUGUUGUUGGACGUCUCCAAAGAUCACAUGAGACUGCAUGGCAUCUCACGGAUUUACGUGGGGGGUAUUGUGAGGAGAUUCAGUGAAAGCAGAGACAACAACAAACAACACAUUUUCAAAGGUCAUUCCUUUGUUGUUGAGUUGAAAUCAUUUCUCAUGCUGGAAAGUCUCCAUCGAAAACAACAAAGCCAUCAAGGAAGAAGGGAACCAUUUACUCUAGUAAACUUCCUUGAAGACCCAGAACAGGGUCCCUCCUGCGUCCGUCUUCGGUACUUCAUGUUCAAAGCUCAUACCACCCCUGAUGAUGUAGGAAUAGAAGGAUGCUGUCGGAUUCGAAACCGAGAAAACGUUCAACCCAUUGAGCAGCUUGUCAAGUCCUGGCUGUUGGGCGAGACUGAAGGAAAUCCCGGCGAAUCAGUCAGGGAAGCAAUGGAGCAUGUUUGCGACGAAGUUGCAGCUGGAUCUACAGCCUACGAGAGGAUAUAUGGCGACCUCUGGGAACAUUUAGCAGAUGACGGCUUUGGGAUGUGCAAAAUUACCAAAGAGGAAAUCGAUGAACGCAUUCGGCACAUGCAAGAUGAAGACCCGGAAGCUCCAGGCCAUUGGCUUUGA